UCAGCUAUUCAGAAUCUAAUGAAGUUGGUGACUCUGUGACAAUGUGGAGAAAUCAUGUCAGAAAAUGCAGUUUGUACUGGGGCUGUCAGUGCUGUGAAGGAAGUUUGGGAAGAAAGAAUAAAGAAACACAAUGAAGACCUGAAGCGAGAGAAGGAAUUUCAACAGAAGCUAGUGCAGAUCUGGGAAGAACGAGUACGCUUAAGCAAGCUAAAAGAAAAGGUCAUCAGGGAAAAUGGAAGAGUCAUUUUGAAGAUAGAGAAAGAGGAAUGGAAGACCCUCCCUUCUUCUCUACUGAAAUUGAAUCAGCUACAGGAAUGGCAACUUCAUAGAACUGGUUUAUUGAAAAUUCCUGAAUUCAUUGGAAGAUUCCAGAACCUCAUUGUAUUAGAUUUAUCUCGAAACACAAUUUCAGAGAUACCUCGAGGAAUUGGACUUCUCACUAAACUUAAGGAGCUGAUUCUUAGUUACAACAAAAUCAAGACUGUCCCCAGGGAAAUAAGUCAUUGUGCCAGCUUGGAGAAACUAGAACUUGCUGUAAACAGAGACAUCUGUGAUCUUCCGCAAGAGCUCAGCAAUUUGUUAAAGCUUACGCACCUUGAUUUGAGUAUGAACAAUUUUACUACAAUCCCUCUGGCUGUGUUGAACAUGCCUGCUCUUGAAUGGCUCGACAUGGGGAGCAACAGACUUGCACAACUUCCUGAUACCAUAGAAAGAAUGCAGAGUCUACAUACAUUAUGGCUGCAACGGAAUGAAAUAACGUGCUUGCCAGAAACAAUCAGCAAUAUGAAAAAUCUGGGUACUCUUGUACUCAGCAACAAUAAACUGCAAGAUAUUCCAGUGUGCAUGGAAGAGAUGACCAAUCUGAGGUUUGUCAACUUCAGAGACAACCCAUUGAAACUGGAAGUAACACUUCCUCCCAGUGAAAGCAUAGAUGAAGAAGAGGAACGGGAAUUAUUUGGCCUUCAGUUUAUGCAUGCAUAUAUACAGGAGUCCCGGAGAAGAGCAGAUAACCAAGUCAACUGUUCAACUACUUUACCAAUCUCUAUAAAUACUGAUGGAUAA